AGGUGAAAAAUGGCUGCCAUGGUCGCGUGAAGUGCUUGCGGAGGUUGAAAAAGUGACUUUCUGUGCCCUAUCUGUGGUCUGUAAAUAGUUGAAAAUGUGUGGAAAAGUUCGUGUGUAGUGCCGUAAUUGCAGGACAUUGGGUGGAAAGUGCACGGGCGAGGGAGGCACACACACGAGAAUUGAUAGUGUUUAGAUAAUGGCGGAGGAAUGCGUAGUGGUUGCCAGUAUAAAUAAUUCGAAAUUCUCAGAGGUGUCACAGGAUGUGGCAAAUGAUUCUGGCGAUGAGCUGAUAAUCAGUGGUGAUGGUGAUGAGAUUAACUCCCUGCCGUACGACAAUACGCCCCUCGUCAGUCUCAACAACUCCACGUCGGAUCUCAAUGGGGCGGUGUCCUCGUCACCCAGCUACUCGGCCAUGUCCCCAACACUCCCCGAUGCGCCCCGCGUUGAGGAGCCGCCGGCGAUGGAAUGCGAGGCGGAGGGAGAGUCAAAUAAUGAGAAAGUGGAGAUGAUUUUCGAAACACCUGUUGUUCACCACAAUGAUGACGAUGAUGAUGAUGAUGAUGGUGAAAAAAGUGAUCCGGCACAGCCACCAUCCGAGUCCACAAAGCAGAAACACCGACAGAAAGGUGCAUCGUCCGAGGUGAGACGAAAGAGUGUCGGGGAUUCGCCGCGAAUGAUGGCGUGCGAUGAGGCGGAGGAGGCGGACGAGGCGGAGGGAGAGGCGACAGAGGUUGCGGAUGAGGUGGAUGGAAUGUGCGUGAAAAAAGUGUCUUGCAAGAGAGCGCGGAAGUGCGAUGGAGAGACGAGUGGUGGAGCGUCGUGUAGCAAGGCAAAUGGGCCAAAAGUGCGGCACGCGAGUGCAGCUGCUGACGAAGAAGAGGAUUCGAAUGGUCAGCAAGAGGAGGGCAAUGGCCAGCCGGAGGAGCUGACAUCUGCUCCUGCAUCGUCGGUCCCGCCGGCGGCUCUCUUCGCUCCUGAAGAUCACGCCGCGGAUGCGAUCUACGAUGAGAAUGAUGUGCAAUCGAUGGAUGCAAUUGAGCGGAGGGACUUUGAGCGUGAGCAACAACUGAUUGGUGGUGUGAUCAUACGCAAUGACGCUGUGGCCACGACUGAAGAUAAGUUGAAGCUGAAUAUUUCCAAUCAUUACGCCAGCAGUGCCGGUGAGGAGGGAAAGAAGGCGAUCGGUGAGAGUUGUACCUCCACGACGCCAACGAGCAGUCGGAGCGUCGUGAGAACGUCGAAGGUGAAGGUGAAUUUGUCCAGUUGCCUCGUGGCGAAUGAGGGUAACGGGGUGAUGGAUCAGGAGGGUGCUCAGUCAAUUGUAAAUAGUCAGAGAAAGACGACGUGUCGACGGACGAAUUUCUAUGCCAAUGUGGAGGAUCGUGAGUCACCCAAGGAGGUGCAAUUUGAUGCCAUUGUCAAUCACAAUUCCAACGAUAGUCUCUCCUCGGAUCGAUCCUCAAUCAUAGCACCAUACAUCACACCAAUGGCUGCGGCGGCGGCGGCAGGAGGGGAUGAGGUAGCGGGUGGGCCGUCGACGGCGGGCUGUAGCAAAGCCUGUGCGUCCACAAGCACGGCUCCGGGUCCGUCAGGCUCCGCUGGAACCUCUUCAGCUGCCACGCAGACCACCUCGUCACAGACAUCACCCACCUGUCAAUAUGCCGGCGACGGGGACUUGGAGUUGCCGGCGGCGGGUGCCUAUCUGGAUGUGGAUGACGGUCAGGGUCACUCCGGCAAGGCGCACUACUCCAGUCUGCUCGGCGAUGCGUCUGAGGCGUCCACAUCAAGGCGUUCGGGGCGCUUGAAGCCACUGGAGGCCGCUCUUCUAGAGCCUGAAGCGCCCAUAACAAUUCCACCAGAGUCUGAACAUGACUUCGGUGAAGACGACGCGUGGGGGGAUUGCGAUGAGGGAUCGGAUGUGGAGGAAGUUUGCACCUGCAGAGAGUACACAGAUGAGGAGAAUGUUGCCAGCAGCGAGGACGAACUCUUGCCGUCGCGUGAUGUUGAUCUGUCUGGCUACACGUACGACUACGUGCACGAAACGAGUGGCGCUGAGACGCCGCGCGUGAGUAGGAAGCGGAAGAUUAGUGAGAUUGUCUAUUUGGACGGGAGUUUUAUGGAGAGUGGCUCGGGAAGGAAGCGUAUCACGCUCGAGGGCAGAGCAAAGGCGACAGUGGGUCUGCUGUCACCAUCAGCAUCACCCACGAUCACGAGUCCCAGCACCAGCGAGAAGAGAACACCGCGAUCGAUCAUCCCAACCAAAGAUAAUCCGCCACCAGAGUUGGGCGAUUGGUUGAUGCAGUUUCAGCGUUGGACGCAGCCUGAGCGUCUGCUGGCUCUGGAUCGUCUCAUUGAUCUGUGCGAGCCGACGCAGGUGCGUCACAUGAUGAAGGUGAUUGAGCCACAGUUCCAGCGUGACUUCAUUUCGCUGCUGCCCAAAGAGUUGGCUCUGCAAGUAUUGUCGUAUCUGGAGCCGAAGGAUCUGCUGAGGGCGGCACAGACGUGUCGAAAUUGGCGCUUUCUCUGCGAUGAUAAUUUGUUAUGGAAGGAGAAGUGCAAGAGGGCGAGUAUCAUCAUUGAGAGUGCCACGGAUAGGCCGAAGAGGGGCCGAGCUGGAAAUAUGCCACCCAUUUCGUCACCGUGGAAGGCGGCGUACAUUCGGCAGAGCAUCAUCGAGAUGAAUUGGCGCUCGCGUCCGGUGAGAGAGCCAAAGGUGCUCAAGGGACACGAUGAUCAUGUUAUUACGUGUCUGCAAUUCUGCGGUAACAGAAUUGUUUCUGGGUCUGAUGACAACACCCUCAAAGUUUGGUCUGCCAUUACGGGAAAGUGCCUUCGAACACUCGUCGGUCAUACUGGUGGUGUGUGGUCGUCUCAGAUGUCGGCGAACAUCAUAAUUUCCGGCAGUACUGAUAGGACUCUCAAAGUGUGGAACGCAGACACUGGACAGUGCAUCCACACGCUCUACGGACACACGUCGACAGUGCGCUGCAUGCAUUUGCAUGGCAACAAAGUCGUGAGUGGUUCUCGCGAUGCCACGUUGCGAGUGUGGGAUGUGACCCGUGGCAUCUGUCUGCACAUCCUUGUGGGCCACUUGGCGGCGGUGCGCUGUGUGCAGUAUGACGGCAAGCUGGUGGUUUCGGGGGCGUACGAUUAUAUGGUGAAGGUGUGGAAUCCAGAGAAAGCUGAAUGUCUCCACACGCUUCAGGGCCAUACAAAUCGGGUGUACUCACUUCAGUUUGACGGCAUUCAUGUGGUGUCUGGGUCAUUGGAUACGUCAAUUCGCGUGUGGGACGCGGAAACCGGCAGCUGCAAGCACACUCUCAUGGGACAUCAGAGUCUCACGUCAGGAAUGGAGCUGAGGCAGAACAUUUUGGUGUCCGGGAAUGCCGAUUCGACAGUCAAAGUGUGGGAUAUUCUCACGGGACAAUGCCUACAAACACUUUCAGGACCAAAUAAGCAUCAAUCAGCUGUUACUUGCCUGCAAUUUAAUUCUCGCUUUGUUAUCACGAGCUCCGAUGACGGGACUGUGAAGCUGUGGGAUGUUAAGACUGGUGAAUUCAUUAGGAAUUUAGUGGCUCUCGAUUCGGGUGGAUCGGGAGGUGUUGUGUGGAGAAUAAGGGCUAAUGAUACGAAGUUAAUCUGUGCCGUGGGCUCGCGCAAUGGCACGGAGGAAACCAAGUUGAUGGUACUGGACUUUGAUGUUGAAGGUGCCUGUCUAAAAUGCUCAUAAGGACAAGAGAUGAAGUGGAAAUUUUUCAGGACUCAAUAUAUAGGCGCAGAAAAACUAUUUACUAAAAUGGAGAAAUAACACUUUCGCGUGAAAUAAUUAUAAAAGAAAAACGCGUUCUUUAGACAUUUUUUUCAAAAUUUCCAACGUUGAAGAGGAAAAAAACUAUAACAUAUAUAAAUGCUUUCUAAUGGAAAAAAAUACAGAGAUAGAAAGAAAGAGAAAGAAAAUGGUUGAGAAAUAGUUAUAUUAACGAAAUAUAUAGUCAAGAAAGUCAACACCCUUCGUUAAGUAGGCAUAAAUCAUUUAGUUUAUCGCUUAACGGAAUUGCAAAAAAAAGGUGGAAAGAUGAUUAACAGAUGAUUAAAAAACGUUUAACAAUUUACCAGGUGUCCUUGUAAUUUAUUUCUUGGAAAAAAGCCAUGCAAGUAAGUUUAAUAUUGUCCCUUUAUUACAAAUUUCUUAAUUUUCAAAUCGCUUCACUGCAUUUAUUACUUAUAAUUUAGAGAGAAAACAAAAAAACUACGUAAAGAAAGUAUGAAGAAAUUGGACGAAAAAAAUCUCAGCAUAGAAAUAUGAAAUAAUAAUAAAAGAAGAAUGAAUUUCACAAAGAGAUUUUGUGCGAGAAAUUUUCUUUUUAAGAAAUAGUUUUUAGUGUAAAUUUUUGUUAUUGCCGCCUCUCAGUUUUCCCAAGAGAUGAAAAAAAGCUCAUUCUAAAUACUUUAUUUUAUCUCCUCCUAUUAUUGUGUGUAUAAAAUUUAUUAUGCAAAAAGAAGGAACUUUGUUGAAAAUUUGUUACAUCAUUAUUUUUAUUGACACAUUUUUUUAUUUGUAUAUUAUUUUAGAGAGUAAAAUUGGGAUGUAAUGCAAGAAAAAAAUUAUCCGAACUCUUGAGUUUUUUAAUGGUAUAAUUCAAUGUAAUUGUAUAAAUUGGGGAAUACAAAUGAAGAAAAUAAAUUGACUGAUUCGUUUAGGUAAAAAGAGAUUUAAGAAAGAGGGGACGAAAAGUACACAAAUAUAUAAUUUAAUUGAUUUUAACAAAGAUUGGGAGAGGAAAGAAAGUCAAAGACAUUUCUUAAUUGUUCAUUUUUUUAUUGUGUAAUUGGUCAGUACUCACAAGUUUUAAUUUCUUUUCAUAUAAUUCUUAGUGGCAAAGCGCGCGAAAAACGUAUAGAGAGAUGUAGUAAUUUUAAUAAAUGAGACAUUUAAACGAUUAAUAGUAACAAAAUAUGUGGAGGAGAAGUGAGAAAAAUGCCAUUUUUAAAUGUUGCAACAUUAAUAAUAAUAUAUUUAAGCAUGCGAAGAUUAUAGAGAGAGAGAGAGAGAGAGAGAGAGAAUGAAGAGAGCGCGAAAAUGUAGCUAAUUUAGUAGGGAUUUUAAAAGUAAAUUGAUGAAAAUUUCUGGGGUUGAGAGGGUAUGAAAUCUAAUUAGACGAGCUAGAAUUUUGGGGGUGGGGGGAGGGGGAAGUGGGAGAGUAAGAGAAUAGUAAGUAAAUUGUAAUCAAUUAUUAAUGUAUUUUCAUAUAACAUAAAGGAUAAUAUAAAAUU